AUGGCUCCACAUCAUACAACACACGACAGUCACGCCAGGAACAUUGAGACAGUCGCAUAUGUCGUCGAACAUGCCGGUGCUGACUUUGCACUCCAAAAUAUCGUCCUCGAUGGCCCACAAGGCAACGAAUAUCUUAUUGAGAUGAAGUACACUGGCAUCUGCCAUACCGACCUCAUAUGCCAAACAGGCAGCGCACCAUCCCUGCAGUUCCCAGCAAUCCUCGGGCACGAAGGCGCGGGCUACAUCCGAGCAAUCGGCGAUGGCGUCCAACGAACAGACAUCGAAGUCGGUGAAUUUGUCCUCCUAUCCUUCAACUUCUGCGGCGAGUGCAAGCGAUGCCGACGACAUCAACCAGCGACAUGUCUCGACGGUGGCAAGCUCCACAUAGGAGCAGUCCGAGCAAAUGGUGGCCCACCACCAGCUCGAUUGAAGGAUGGCCGCAGUGUACAAAGUUCGUUCUUCGGUCAAUCUUCCUUCGCGGCGAUGAGUGUUGUCGAUGCGACUUGCGUGGCUAUGCGAUAUCCGUACGAUCCAGAAGACGCCGCCAUAUUCGCCGCUUGCGGGUGCGGAUUCCAGACAGGUGCAGGCACAGUGCUGAAUGUGCUGAAGCCGCAGCAGGAUGACUCGAUUGUGGUAUUCGGUCUCGGGGGUGUUGGGUUGACUGCACUUAUGGCCGCAAAGUACCUGGGUCUCCAUCACAUCAUUGCUGUAGACAUUAAUCCAGGGCGUCUUGAACUAGCCAAAGAGCUUGGUGCGACGCAUGCGCUGAAUUCGAAGGAUGUUGAGGACAUGGUAACUGCUCUUCGUGAGAUUUCUGAUGGCGGAGUUGACUUUGCUAUUGAUUGCGUGGGUGAAUACGCCCGACAGCGAAUGCAUGCGUGUCGUAUUCGUGAAGCUGAUUGA